AUGGUCGGGCACGUAGCAAUAAUGUGGACACCGAUGGCAGGGAUGGACCCAGAGUUGUACGCGGCAGCGACCCGGGGGGACGUCGCUAGACUCGCGCAACUUGUGUCCAGCAGCGGCGCCGGCAUCCUUGUCCACAUGACUCCCCAGUUCAACACGGCUGUCCACAUUGCUGCGUCGCAUGGGCACAGAGGCUUCGUGAAGGAGGCACUCAAGGUCGGGCACGUAGCAAUAAUGUGGACACCGAUGGCAGGGAUGGACCCAGAGUUGUACGCGGCAGCGACCCGGGGGGACGUCGCUAGACUCGCGCAACUUGUGUCCAGCAGCGGCGCCGGCAUCCUUGUCCACAUGACUCCCCAGUUCAACACGGCUGUCCACAUUGCUGCGUCGCAUGGGCACAGAGGCUUCGUGAAGGAGGCACUCAAGGUGAACGAGGAGCUGCUCGUCAGCCGGAACAACGACAGCGAUACGCCAUUGCACCUGGCGGCACGCGCAGGGAAGCUGGACGUCGCUGAACACCUCAUCAAUCUCGCGCAGGUGCAGGCCUGGCGGUGGCCCAAGGAAGACUACAUUCAGAGUCCUGUUUCGAUGAAGAAUGAUUCAGGAAACACAGCAUUGCACGAGGCGGUGCAGAAUCACAGGACUGCAGUUGCACUAAUGCUGAUCGAAGCUGAGCCAAAUUGUAUCUAUUUGUUGAAUGAGAGGAUGGAGUCACCGUUGCACAUUGCUGCAAGGGAAGGCCUCCUUGAUGUUGUUGUCAAGAUCGUUGAAAUACCACGCGUGGAAAAUCAGCUAAACCCCUAUGAAACUUUUAGUGGCACAGCUCUUCACCAAGCAGUUCUUGGCGAUCAUAUCAGGAUCAUGAAGAUAUUACUAAAAAGGAGGCCGGAGCUAACAGACCGAACCGACUUGUCAGCAAAUAAUGCCCUGCAUUACGCGGCAGAGAGGAACAGGGGUGGCAUGGUGAAGAUACUGCUCAACAAGCGCAUUGAACUCGCGUAUAGGAGGAACAAAGAUGGUCAUCCCCCGUUGCAUGUCGCCGUCCGUUAUGGCUCAACACAGGCCAUCAUGGGGAUUCUGAGCAAGUGCCCUGACACUGCCGAGAUGGAGAUGCUAGCGGAUGGCUUAAACAGGAAUGCUUUCCACAUCGCCGUCGUGAGCGACAUGGUGGAUUCUCUCAAGUGCCUGCUGAAGCAUGUGCACUCCAAGGGGAUUGUGAACCGGGCUGACCAAGAGGGCAACACACCGCUGCACCUAGCUGUCAAGCUCGGUCGGCCGCAAUCGUCUCGCCUACUGCUCAGGGACUGGAGGGUGGAUCCAUGCCUUGUCGACCGGGAUGGCCAGACCGCGCGAAGCCUGAUUGAGGGACAACAAAUAUUACAUAGCUCAAUGAUACACUUGUGGAAGGAACUCAAGAAGCAAGAGUAUUAUAAGUGCAAAAACAAACAGAUACCACCAAUCAGAACACCGGAUUGGUGGAGUGAGUUUAGCCGAUACAUCGAGGUUAGGAUGGGGACGUACACUCUCGUAGCGACUCUAAUUGCCACUGUUACCUUUUCUUCCACAUUCACCAUGCCCGGAGGUUACGACCAGCAGAACGGCACGGCUGUUUUAGGCCACCACGCAGCAUUCAAAUUGUUCGUCAUAGCCAACACCCUGGCAAUGUUAAGCUCAAUCAUCGUCGUCUUCGCCUUCAUUUGGGCAAGAAGGGAGGUGCAAGACUUUAGGAGCAGCCAGGUGGCGUGGAGCCACUGGCUCACGUCGGCAUGGCUUGCAUAUUUCGUGAUUGCAAUGGGUUGUAGCACUCCAGCCGUCAUGUUUGUGAUGUUGGGGAAGGAGGUGUUCACCACACCUGUGUAG